GAGAUGUUCAACAAAUUGCUCGGCCAUUGGAAGCGAUUGAUAUUCAAGCCAAAAGGAUGGAGUUUCUCUCUUCGACUUCAAAGAAAAUAAAUCAAAUUCAGAAGAAGCAGAGAUAUGCCAGUGGCAGUAAGGAUGGUCCAAGACGUAAACCCGACCUUUGUUUUCGGUGUGGGGGUGAAGGUCACAACGCUUGUGAUAAAUGCUGCCCUGCCAAGUCAGCUACUUGCAGGAAAUGUCAAAAUGUUGGUCAUUUUGCAGCAGUGUGCAACUUGAAGGUGAAUACAUAG